AACUGAAAAAAGACCAUUAUUUUAAAAGGUCGAUAAAAACUUGGCUGAAGGUCAUCAUUUUACAUUGCUCGAGAGACAGCUCAAUUUAAAUUUAAUUGAACUUAAUUAGGAUGCGGAGAAAAAAACAGUAAAAUAAUAUUUAGUCAAAUUCAUUCACUGUUUGCUGAGAGAUAAAAUAUGGAUUUGAGUAUUCCUUGGAAAAAUACAGAAAGAACUUUCAUAAUUGCAGAAAUUGGGCAGAACCAUCAAGGCGAUAUAAACAUAGCCAAACAAUUAAUCAAGGCUGCUAAAGAAUUUGGUGCAGAUUGUGCGAAAUUUCAAAAAACAAAUCUUCAAGAAAAAUUCAACAUAGCUGCUUUGAAGAGACCUUACCCAUCUAUUCAUUCUUUUGGAAAAACUUAUGGCGAACAUAAGGCGCGUUUGGAGUUCACUGAAAAUAAUUUCAAAGAUCUACAAAACUAUGCAAGAGAAAUUGGAAUUUUAUUCACAGCCUCAGCGAUGGAUUCGAAAUCGUUAAGUUUUCUUGUUGAGUUAGAUGUCCCCUUCAUUAAAAUCGGUUCUGGAGAUGCCAAUAAUUUUUCAUUAAUAGAAAAGGCAGCUGAAACUAAUAUUCCCUUGAUUAUAUCAACAGGAAUGCAAUCCUUCGCUACAGUGAAAGAAAUAUACCACAUAGUUUCAAAGUACCAUAAGAACUUUGCACUUCUUCAUUGUAUUUCUGCUUAUCCAGCUCCUCUCGAAGAUAUCAAUUUGAAUGUCAUCAAUUUAUUCAAAUCAGAAUUUCCAGACAUCACAAUAGGAUAUUCUGGACAUGAACUUGGGACGCAUAUUUCAACAGCUGCUGUAGCUUUGGGAUGCAAGAUAAUUGAACGUCAUCUGACUGUAGAUAAAAAGCAAAAAGGUUCAGAUCAUGCAUGUUCUUUGGAACCUGAGGAAUUGCAAGAGUUAGUGAGUAAUAUUCGAACACUGGAAAUAGCUAUGGGAAAACCAACCAAAGCAAUGAGAUUUUCCGAAAAACUGUGUUAUGAGAAGCUUGGUAAAUCUUUGGUAUAUGCAAAACCAUUGAAGGAAGGCUAUAAAUUAGGUUUCAAUGAUUUAAUAACUAAAGUCGCUGAACCGAAAGGAAUUGAUGGAAGUGAAAUAAGAAAGAUAGUUGGUAAAAUCUUGGCAAAAGAUGUAUUGGAAGACGAAUCUGUACUCAAGGAACAUUUAUUGUAAUAAUUUUUUUAAUAUAAAAAAUAAAAUCUAAAGGCU